AUGACGUUCACCAACGCCCCGGUGACUAGACUGACCGUCUUGGGUCUGGUCUCCAUCUCGAUAGCCGCCAGUCUCUUCGAUGCGAAACAAUAUUUCUACAUCCUCAUAGAUACCCACCUUUUCCGGUAUCGGCAAUUCUGGCGGCUUCUUUCCUACCAGCUAUGCUAUAUGAAUUCAACGGAAGUAUUAUUUGCGGCUAUAUCGCUGUACAAUCUCAGGGUCGUUGAGCGGAUGUGGGGAUCGAGGAAAUAUGCCUCAUUUAUUGUCCUUUCAUCACUGUUCACGGCCCUAUUUCCGCCUCUCAUUCUUACUAUCCUUCGACCUAUAGCACCGAGUUUGUUCAACUACAUGCCGGCGGGCCCGACGGCAAUCAUAUUUGCGGUCUUGGCCCAGUUUCACUCCAUAGUCCCUCAGAUGUAUAAGUACCGGAUUGCAUUAUCCCAAGCGCCGCCAACAAACGAGCGAUUUUCCGGUGUAACCUUAUCAGACAAAUCUUACCAGUACUACAUCGCCUUUCAUCUAGCCUUACUGCAGUGGCCAGGCUCUGUUCUCGGAGCCAUGGCUGGCUGGAUUCUGGGGUAUUCUUGGAGAGUGGGAUUCCUGCCCACGUCCUUUACAUCAUGGAGGCUACCAGGAUGGAUUGUAGGCUCAGGCUCCUACAGGAGAAGUGCAGAGUUUGAAGGGCUACGGCGAAGAUUGGAGGGAGAGAAUCCAGCAACAGGAGUGUCAACCGGCGUUCAAAACCAAAACGAAGGCCAGACUGACCGACGGCGUACCAUGGGCCAACAAAUCAUGGACCAAUUCCGAGAAGCGUUAUAG